AUGUGUGUGGAAAGCUCUUUCUGUAACCUGUGUUCCGAACAAGACGAGCACUCAGCUCAAGCUUUCACUCUAUUUCCCCUGUUCCCGCCUGAGAUCCGUUUGCUCAUUUGGGAAGCUGCUCUUCCUUCACCACACGAAGACUCCCACACUGCGUAUAACAUCUGGGCAUCGAGUUGGAGGGAAAGGAAGAAUAUCAAGCUCCCUGGGAAGAAAGAAGCCCCAGCUAGCUUGUUGAGGGCCUGCUCCGAGUCUCGGGAUGUCGCAUUGACAACAGGCUCAUUUUUGGAACUGAGCCACAUGUCCUGUUCCAUGAUACCACGGCCACGUUUCGAGCCUAUAUGGAUUGAAAAAAGGAUCAAGACUCUGAUGAUGCCCAUUCACGUUUCAGCCCUUUCGAAGAUUAAUUAUUUCCCGAAAAGCAUACAGUCUAUUGCUAUGCUUGCUACACUGCUUGGUGUCAUGUGGAUACCGCUUCGCUAUAGCAAGGGAACCAAUAUGGAAACUCAUCCCUGCGUAGAUUCGGACACUGCCGUGGUAUCGAUCGACGAUCCAAAGAUGUUGGACUAUUUGACCUCGGCAUUUGAGCGGCAUGCGGUCAUGACACUGGGAGAACGACUAUCUCCAGAAUGCUACCGGAAGAGCGCCAGGAACUUUCUCGUCCUUGCUAGGCUCAUGGAGAGGAUUUUAUACAGUCGAGAGCAACGCCUUGUACCCAAUGGCUUCGAAUUGAAGGCCGCAAUCAUAUUCGGAAGACCGCACUUCAGCAGAUGUUUGCCUUUUGAGCGAUGUGUGCGCAUCAUAGACGGUCUUGUGUGUCGUAGUGAGGACGAAGCAGAUUUGGAGGACUGGAGUAGUGGGAUAGAAUUGAUCGAGAGAUUGCCUCGUCAAAGUUCUCUGAUUGGUGACGAGAUAAUCAGGGGUCUCAUCCAACAAUAG